UAGCCGGUGCUGAAAUGUCAAAUGUAAAAGCGUUUGUUUUGUUUUUGUUUUGCCAAUGUUGAUGAAGAACGAGUUUCUUCUACGUUGAACGAGCUCAGUUAAAAAUGUGCCAAAAGAAUCAGGAGGUAUUCAUAUAGUUGAUUUCACACAAUAUCACUUAUUGUAUACGUCAGAAGAUGAGUAGUAGUUCGUCGUAGUCGAAUUUUUAGCUAGUUAUCUAUUUUUUAGUCUUUAUGGCGAAGAUAUAUUUUUGAAGAUAAAUCAUAAAAUUUGACUAUGGGAAGCGCUUCAUCAAAAUUUCGAAAACACAUUCAACAUGGAGAUGAAUAUGCAGCAAUGCAAGUUUAUCACAAUUCCCCUGAACUAAGAAAAUCACUUGAUCCAAAUCUAAGCUAUGGGGAACACCAUCAACAUAAUACUGCUAUGCAUUAUGCUUCAAAACAUGGAAUGAAGCAUCUACUGAGAAUUUUUUUGACAGAUUUGCAUGGAAAUCCUAACAAGCGGAACGCUAGAAAUGAGACAGCUCUUCACCUUGCCUGUAAACUUGCAUUAAAUGCCCCUCCUUCUGCACAAGAAAGACGUCUUGCAUGUGUUCAGCUUAUUCUGCAAUGGAAAGGUGGAUUUAGUUCUGCUUUAGGAGGCAUCGAACAGGCUGAUCUUAAAGCCCAAGAAACAAGUGGGAAUACAGUCUUACAUUUAGCAGCUGGAUCUGGAUUAGAUCGAAUAGUUGAGCUCUUGGUUUCCCAUGGUGCUCCUCUCUUUCUUGAAAAUUACGAAAGAUCUACUCCUUGCGACGUGGCAAUGAAAGCCAAUUUCCACGAUAUUGCUCUUUUCUUGGAAUCGCGCAUGGUUUUCGCAGAUGCACCAAUUGAGAUGGGAACUGAUUUAAUAGAAGAACCGAAUUAUGUUCGGGGUGCCGCGUCAGCUGUUGUUGGUCCUUCUUUUCUGGAUACAGAAGAAGUGUACACGGGACUUCGAGCGCAAGAUUUGCAAGAGGCGAAAGACCAGUUGGUAGUUGAAACUGCUGAUAUGCUGCAUAUACCCCUUUUUACAGCCGAAGCCCUAUUGAGAGACAACGAAUGGUCUCGAGAACUUCUGCUUGAAAAGUGGAUGACUGACCCAGUCCUUUGUUGCGAAUCCAUGGGACUUCAAACGCCACUGUCGGCUCUUCGCUUUCGGCAUUCGUUGCCAUGUGAAUCUGCUAACAUUCUUGAGGCCAGCUUGGAAUAUCUCGAGGCACCUCCGACGUCUCCCUGCAGAUCAAGAAUUUCCGAUCAAGUUGAAGAUUUCCGUGACGAGUGUUGCGGCAUUUGCUUGGAAAUGCUAGAACAGACUUCCUCUCGAGUUUAUAUUCCUUGUGAUCAUUCGUUCUGUCAACGAUGUUGGUCAAGCUACCUUACAUUGAAGAUCAUUGAGGGUGAUGCCCAUCAUGUUACAUGCCCAGCUCUUGGUUGUUCGAUAUUGGUGCCAGUUGAAUUAAUCGAAAGCUUGGUAUCCAAAGAAACUGCCCGAAAGUAUUUACAUUUUGAUCUGAAUUCAUUUGUGGCGACUAAUCCGGCUAUCAAAUGGUGCCCUGGUACUGGUUGCGGUUUUGCUGUUCGAUUGCCCGAAUCCGAGCAGGGACAACCAAACACAAUCAACAUAUUUUCUCCUAGAGCUCCACCACGCACUUCCCAUUCAGUCGACUGUGGAAAUGGACAUUUCUUUUGUUGGGAAUGUCUCGGUGAUGCUCAUGCACCCUCAGGUUGUGAACAGUGGCUUCAGUGGCUUCAAAAGGUAGCUGAAGUGCGACCGGAAGAAUUGAAAUCUACGUGUACUGAGAGUGAAGAUGCAGCCAACUGCUAUUGGCUCGUGACCAAUUGUAAAUCGUGCCCGAAUUGUAAGUCACCUAUCCAGAAGAACGAAGGAUGCAACCAUAUGAAAUGCUCAAAAUGCAAAUUCGAUUUCUGUUGGGUGUGUCUGGAUUCUUGGAAGAAGCAUAGCUCAGCAACGGGUGGCUAUUUUCGCUGUAAUCGUUAUGAAGCUAUGCAUAAAGCAGACGAAAAGCAAGGUUCAAUGAUUAGCGAAGCUGGGCAGCGCAACAAACAAUUACAGGAAUUAAAUCGGUUUAUUCAUUUUUACACUCGUUUUAAAAACCAUGAAAAUUCACGUCUUCUAGAGGAGCCGUUGCUGCAUUCUGCUCGCAGGAAAAUGGAGCUCCUAGCAUCUUCUUUGCCUGCGGCCCGUAGUCCUGUUCUGGGGCAUUUUGACUCUAAAGGUACUACCGGUUGUCGCCCCUCUUUAAGCGGUCUUCCUAGUGCACCGGCAUGCACUAGAUUUAUCGAGGAAGGCAUUCGGGAAUUGCUGAAAGCAAGAAGGAUAUUGUGUGGCUCAUACGUUUACGGAUACUAUCUGGAAGACAACGGCUACAAUAAAACCAUAUUUGAAUUCAUGCAGAAUGAAUUGGAAUCGUUAACUGAAAAAUUAUCAGAGAUGGUUGCGCGUCCUUACUUGCGCACACCUCGUUCUACAAUCGUAAACAUGACGCUGAGAGUCCGGCGGAAGCGCCACGAAUUCAUCCGCGCCGUUUCGAAAGGGUUGAUACCACCCGAGACUCCCCCCGCGUUACGGCGAGUGCGCCGCAGAAGAUUUCCUGGUCUUAUGGGGAUGGAUCCAAUGGAAGAUGACCAAAUAACUGAGGCGAUAGCUAUAUCACUACGCCAGCUAGACCCCAAUAAUCCGUGGGUAAAAGAUAGUCAAGGUCGACACACCAACCUGAGUGCUAUCUAUGAUUGGCCUGAUGCGAAUUCGGAUGAAGAAGACUCCGAUGUAAAUCAAGCUUUGACAGUGAGUCUAUUAGGUGUGUGUGAUCGCCAAGGCUGCGGACGACCUCGAGCCCGAAAUCCAAGAAAUGGGAAAAUUCAUCCAUUCUGUAGUCUUCGCUGCAGUCGGAGCGAAUCGCUAGAUCAGCCUUCGAUAGCCACUGCCGAUUUUGCCAUGGAUUUAGUCAUUGCGUUGGAGAUGUCUCGUCUUCAGUUAAUAGAAGAUGAAGUUCGCAAACAGAACCACGAUCAGACGGCAUCUAGCAACACCGUGUUUGAAUUACCUUCUGUGGAAAGCUGUUCGGAAGACGCCCAACUACGUCUGGCAAUUUUUUUGUCGCUGGAAGAAUCGGGAAAACUGGUCACGGACGCGAGCGCUGCUGCAGCAUGUCAAACGACCGAAUCGUCUGUCGAAAACUUUAUGAAAACCUUAGCUCAAAAUCAAGACCUUUCACCGCAAAGCUAUCACCUAGAUCAACUUGAUUCAGCACCGAUUGAUAAACAUGGUGAAAGUGAAGGCCGUUUUGAAAUAUCGGAACUCCAUCAGAAUGCCGGUUUUUUUUCUUCAUCUCUCUGUGAAGAUCAACAACUCGAUACCGUCUCCGAUGGGGCUGUGUCUUCGCUUCCUUUCCCUAAAAGAUCGCAUUCGGCUUGUGACAUACGAACCGGAGUUCAUGUACGCUGCCCGUCGUUGGAGCUCGAAUCUCACGACUGCAUUCACGAGCUAGUGGAAGGCAUUUCACAAGGUCCACCGACACGCACGCUCCUUCGCCUUCAAAGUCUUGGAACGGAUUAUGGCAGCGAUGAAUUUGGAACUUGCACAUCGUCCGAAGACAAUGCGCAAGCAAGAGAGGAUGAAAUACCGAUACCAACAAUGCAUAAGCCAAAACUUGUCCGCCAAUCGAACAUUUCUGGUAAAACGGAAAUAUCGCACACUUUCCGGUCAGCACAUACGUCUUGCAACCAGUUCCCUCUUUUGGAAUUGGAUUCUUUUAAUUCCGAAAACACGUUGUCUGCGGUGGCAGAUGAAAAUCACCGUAAUGGUGAUCUUCAUCACCAGGUCCGAAAACAUUCACCCACUUUGUACUGCACAACAACAUACAUCAGUGGCGUAGCCAUCUCUCGCACACCUGAACCUGGAGCUCAUUCAAGCCAGGGCGUAUUGGAUGGAUCCAUAAAAUCUGGUCGAGGUAAUCGUUCUUCAAGUUUAACCACCGCCGUACUUCCGGGAAUGCUUCAAAAUCACCCGCUUGAACGAGGUUUAUCCAAAUCUGCUGGUCGUUUGAGUAUUAACAAUUACGUCGCCAAAGAUGGCAGUUGCCGACCAAAGAAGCGUCGUCAUGACAUUCGGCGAUUGACUAUGCCAGCUCUUCUUUGCUCAGAUAACUGUGAGGCGUCAUUUUCUCCGUUUCCUUCGGCGUCUCCACGUAUAAUCUCGCGGUCGGCAUGUGAACCACAGCGCGACAAAGAGGUCUUUCAAUUCCCAAAGUCACCCACUGAAAGUCAAUUGAGUACCGUACUAUUGGUAAGAGAUUGUAAUCAGCGUGACGCUUUUCACGAAGCCCUGUUUCUUCCUCGUGAACACAAACGUAAACGCUCGAAAAAAUCUUUAGCCAAUUCAGCUGCUACAUCAGUACCAGCCGAUCUCUCAAAACAUGGUGUUUGUGAGGUGAACGCGGAUCGACCUGGACACAAAAAUAGUGGCUGACAAGAAUCUUCACUUCUUAUAGUCAUGUCCUACCUGGUAUUUGUUUGUUGUUAUCACGUUUAUGUUUGUCAGAAAGCACCAAAAGUUUGAUCGCAACUUUUUUUUUUUUUUUUUUUUUAAUAUUUAAAUUUGACCAAUCAAGUGUUCGAUGUCAUUCUUAACAUACUUUAUUUUUAGCCUAUGGCAUUAAUUCGCUAGUCUAGUCAAUUUUAUAAUUUCGAGCUAACAUUCUAUAAAAUAUUGUGUUAAUGUUACUGUUACAUGGUCAGCUAUGAUAGAUGUUUAACUAUGAGAAGUAAUUUGGAACUAAUCUGCUUGGGUGUAUUUUUAUUUUUAUUUUUUUCAUUUAAUAUCAAUGGGAUGUAAUUGCUAUGCCUAUAUAUGUAGCCAUAUUUCUCAUAUCAUAUACCUCCUCUAGAUCUUCUAAGAUAUUUCUCAGCUCACGGACCAACAUCAAACCUCUAACUAUAACUACAGAUUCUUCUUCCCUCUUUGUAUUUCUCUACAAUAUACCAUUACAGUCUUCUGAAUCUUA